AAAAUAUAUACAUAAUUUAGCAAAUGUUCGCCCUAAUUAUUCAUUUACAAAGUAUACCGGACGUAACUUUUAUUCUGAAGUAAUAAAAUAAAAAAUCAGUGACCCGGAAGUACUUAUUUAUUCUAGCCUGCUUCACAGCGGUCUGAAUAACAAUAACAACCAUUCGAAGGAAACCGCAGGGAAAGACAACUGGGGCCAUGGAGUCCUCUGAAGAGGCGCUGCGCACCUUCGUCCAAGUGGUCAGUGAGAAGUACAACCCAGAGAAUUUCCCAUACUGCCGUGGGAACGGCAUGGGUGUUGUAGUGCUUUCCAGUCCACAGGGGUCGCCCAUUAAAGAUCGUCUGAAUCUGCCGAGUGUGCUGGUCCUGGACGGCUGUGGCAUCAGUAAAGCUGGGGACGAAGCUGAGGUGGCCACCUUUUGUGCCCAUGUGGUGGAGCUGGACCUGUCCCACAACCAGCUACAAGACUGGGGGGAGAUCUGCACGAUUGUGUCUAACAUCCCCAACCUGGACUUCCUUAACCUGAGUAUGAACCCUCUGAGUGGGAUUGAGCUGGAGCCGGGCCUGGCUGAGGUGUUCUUCCGGGUCCGCCGCCUGGUUCUCAUCAACACGCGUGUCACUUGGGACACGGUACACACACUCACACGCCAGACCCCUGAGUUAGAGGAGCUCUUCCUUUGUCUGAAUGAGUACGACCAAGUGGCCGAAUCCCCGGUUCCCUGCCCCUCCCUGCGCCUGCUUCAGAUCACAGACAACCAGCUACAGGAGUGGGACGAGGUGCGUAAGUUUGGGCCCAUGUACCCAGGCCUGCAAAACCUGGUGUUGUCCAACAACAAACUGGGCUCUGUGGAGGAGGACACACCUCAGGACACACUGCAGCGCCUGUUUCCUAACCUGCGCAGCAUCAACCUCAACAACUCAGGGCUGAACCGAUGGGAGGACAUAGAAAGGCUGAAUUUCUUCCCUAAGCUGGAGGAGGUGAGGCUGAUGGGGCUUCCCUUACUGCAGCCCUACACAAACAAAGAGAGACGCAGCCUCACCGUGGCACAGUUGCCAUCUGUGUCUGUGUUAAACGGUAGUGUGGUGACGGAAGGGGAGAGAGAAGACGCUGAGAGGUUCUUCAUCAGACACUACCUGGACUUUCCUGAAGAGACGCUGCCUCAUAGGUACUCUUACCGAUCACUCUUGAGGCCCUGGGUCUCAACUGCCCUUUGUCUUCCCCUUCAUUCAGCUCUUUCUCGGGAGAUCAUGUACCCCUAUGGGCCUACCUACCGAGAUCUGGAGACACCCAAGAUGGAUGAUGGGAGUUCCAAUGAAAUAAUUAUACUCAUGCCAUUCAUUUUUUUCAAUAACCCCUACCGCUCCAUCUAUGUCAACAACAACGGUGUGAUCUCCUUCGAAGUACAGGUGAGCCAGUACCCCGAGGCCUUCCCCCUGAGUGACAGCAGAUCCUUCAUUGCCCCACUAUGGGCAGACGUGCACAACGGCAUCCGCGGAGACGUGUACUACCGGGAGAGCACAGACCCAGAGCUACUGGAGCGGGCCACACAAGAAAUCCGCAAGUACUUUAAGAACAUGCCCACCUUCACAGCCACCUGGAUCUUCAUCACAACCUGGCACCAGGUCACCUUCUACGGAGGCAGUCAGACCACCCCGGUGAACACAUUUCAGGUUGUGUUGAUAUCGGACGGUCUGUCAUGCUUUUCCAUGUUCAACUAUGGAGAGAUCAACUGGAGCACAGGCACAGCCAGUGGAGGAGACCCUCUGACUGGUUUAGGUGGUAGCACAGCACAGUCAGGUUUUAAUGGAGGAGAAAUCGGUAACUUCCUCAACCUACCUCGGUCCCGUUCCAAUGCCGUGGUUGAAAUCGAGAGGACGACCAAUGUAAACCUGCCUGGCCGGUGGGUCUUCCGUGUAGACACUGCCCUGAUAGACCCUGCCAAUGGCUGCAGUUACAAUGGGCGGUUCUAUCGGCGUGGUGAGAUCUUCUGGCUGUCCGACCAGUGCUCCCAGCGGUGCCGCUGCCUGGACAUGGACAACGAGGUGCUCUGCCGGGAGGCGCCGUGCAGCCAGCUGGAAACUUGUGAGCAGAAGGAGGGUGCCUUCUACUGCCAGUCUACGCGCACCAGCACCUGUGUGGUUUUCGGAGACCCUCACUACCACACCUUUGAUGGCUUCCUCUACCACUUCCAGGGCACCUGCUCCUACCUGUUAGCUCGGCCCUGCUGGGACGUGGCUGGCCUGCCCUUCUUCAGCGUGGAGGCUAAGAAUGAGAACCGCGGCGUGGCCUCUGUGUCCUGGCUGAGAGAUGUCACUGUGGAGGUGUACGACCACAGAGUCAUCCUGCCUAAGGGCAGCCAGGGCACAAUACAGGUGGAUGGACUGAUGAAGACACUGCCAGUCCAACUCCAGCUUGGUGCAGUCAGGGUGUACCAGUCGGGCAUGGCCGUCGCACUGGAGACCGACUUCGGCCUCCUGGUGACCUACGAUGGGCAGCACUACGCCUCCAUUUCCCUGCCCAGCUCCUACUUCAACAACACAUGCGGCCUGUGCGGUAACUAUAACGACGACCCUGCCGACGACCCUGUGCUGCCCGACGGCUCGCUAGCCGAGAGCGUAGUGGCGCUGGGUGGCAGCUGGCGGGCGGAGGACGCUGACUGGCGCUGCACAGACGGCUGUGCCCAGAACUGCAGUGUCUGUGAACCAUUGACCGAGGCGUUCUACUUCCGCCCGGACUACUGUGGAAUCAUCAACAAGACGGACGGGCCUUUCAGGGACUGCAGGGCAGUGGUGGACCCAACGGCCUUUGUCUAUAGUUGUGUUUACGACAUGUGCAACAACAAGGACAACAUUACCACCCUCUGUCAGGCCAUUCAGGCCUACGCCUUAGCCUGCCAAGCCCUGGGGGUUACCAUACGAACCUGGAGGUCACACACCUUCUGUGCCCUGAAAUGCCCUGAGUCCAGCCACUACCAGGUGUGCACCAGUGCCUGCGCCACCUCAUGCUCGGACCUCACCUCCCACCUGUACUGCACCCACCCUUGCACAGAGGGCUGCCAGUGCGACCCGGGAUACGUGCUGAGUGGCAACCGUUGCGUCCGGUACCAGGACUGCGGCUGCGAGCGUGAGGGCCUCUACUACCCUCUCAAUGACACUUUCUGGGCGGGCCCUGCCGGCGAGGGUGGAGAGUGCACCCUGCGCUGCGUCUGUGGGCCCAACGGCGAAGUUUCCUGCUUCAACGAUUCAUGUAGAGAAGGCGAGGUGUGUGCGACAGAGUUUGGCCUGUUGGGCUGUUACCCCCGCAGGGAGGGGGUGUGUUCUCUGGGCCAGAAUGUUGUGACGGCCUCUUUCGACGGGACCUCCAUGCCCUUCCCCGACGACAGCUCCUACUACCUGCUGAGGUCGUGUGGGCCAAUGCCGGCCAACGUGUCUGCUGUGGAAGUAAAGAUGGGCCGGCGGCUGGUAAACAAGGGUCCAUACUGGAUGCGGCCCGUGGUGGUCAGGGUGGCCAACCUGGAGGCCCAGAUGGGUGGAUCGGACUUUGACACAGUGAAGCUGAACGGUGAGCUGGUACUCCUGCCUUAUGUCCACCCACUGGAGACCCUAAUGAUCUAUCGCGCACCUGGCAACGCUACCGUGGUGGAGUCCAGCGGAUUGGUCCUAGUCCGCUACACCCGUCAGGGCCUCCUCAACAUCUCUCUCUCUACCCUCUUUUACAACGCCACCUGCGGCCUGUGCGGUCUCUUCAACGGAAACGCCAGCGACGAUCUCCGUCUGCCUAACGGCCGGCUGGCCGAAUCCCUCGAACUCUUCACUGAGGGCUGGCGAGCCAUCGCUGACGACCUGACGUGCAAUGGCAAUUGCGACGACCUGUACCGCAUGUGCACGGACCUGCGGCUCUACCAGAGCCCGUGGAUGUGUGGCAACAUCAACGACCCGGGGAACAGCUCCUUCCUGGCGUGCCACGGUGCCGUCAACCCCUCGCCGUUCUUCCGGAACUGCCUGUACAACAUGUGCAUGCGGGAGGGAAACCGCUCGGUGCUCUGCUCUUCGCUGCAGGCGUAUGCCUCGGCCUGUCAGGAUGCCCAGGUGGGCCUUGCUGCCUGGAGGAGUGCUACCAAUUGCCCCUUGCCCUGUCCGGAGAACAGUUACUACGAUGAGUGCACCAGCGCUUGCCCGCUGACCUGCGCCGGCCUGGACGAGCUCGCCGAGCUGUGCCCAUUGCCCUGUCAGGAGGGCUGCCAGUGCAGGGAGGGCUUUGCACUCCAGAACGGCCAGUGUGUGGCACGCAGCGACUGCGGCUGCAUCAGCUCUGGGGGCCGGCAGCUGGCCACCAACCAGAUCUUCUGGAAUGACUGGGAGUGCCAGGAGCGCUGCUACUGCAAUGGCUCGGACAACCGUGUCUACUGCACGCUGACACCGUGCCAGGAGGGUGAGUACUGCCAGGAGGGCCUUGAGGGCCUAUACUUCUGCCAGCCGCACACCAAAGCGUUGUGCAUUGCCGCUGGUUACAGCCACUUCCUGCCAUUCGGAGGUGUGCCCUUCGAGCUGCAGAGUAGCUGUACCUUGAUCCUGGCUACAACGAGGUGCAACAGCGGAGUGGCGGGAGAGGAGGAUAUGGACCAGAGCACCGCCACCCGACCCAAGACGAGCACCAGCGCCGACCUCCCUCGCUUCAAGCUGUCAGCCCGGAACGAGGAGAGGGACACUGGGCAAGCCAUCUGGGUGAGGGGGUUCAUCUUGGAAGUCUACGGCUAUGAUAUUGAGGUGUCUCGGAGCUAUAAACACACCAUCACGGUGAAUAAGGAACGUCUGUACCUGCCUUUGAAGCUGGGGCCGGGGAAGGUCCACAUCUUCACUUUCGGCAUGCAGCUGGUGUUGGAGACGGACUUUGGCCUGAAGGUUGCCUUCGACUGGAACACCCUGCUCCUGGUCACGCUGCCUCGACGCCUCUACAACACCACUUGCGGCCUGUGCCAGGGCAUGCCACUUUCCUCUCCCGUACUCACCACCAGCAACGGUGGCAUGGCCUGGGCUGAGCAAGACACAUUCUGCCAGGUGGGCUGCGGCGACUCGUGCCCACGUUGUGGGUUGGUCGAGAGAGGCUUUGGUGCCACCGAUGCCCCUUUACUCGUCGUGGACCCCUACAUGGAAGGUGUGGCCCAAGAUGGUGAGGGAGGAGGAAUCAAUGUUGAUGGCGGGGGUUACACGGGAAUCCGAUUCCACCUGGGCGAUGGGCUGCACUUGUUUGUGGAGCCCGAGGCAUUGCGUCUGUGCGGGUUGAUCGUGGACCGCGGCGGUGUGUUUGCGCGCUGCCACAGCAAGGUGGCACCGGCGUUCUUCUACCAGAACUGCCUGCAGGACACAUGCCUGGACCGGGGUGCCUCGGGGACCAUUUGCAACUGGCUGCAGAUCUACACCAGCACAUGCCAGACCCAGGGGUUGCGUGUGUUAGGCUGGAGGAUUAACACACCCUGUGUGCUGAUGUGCCCAGCCAACAGCCACUACUCUAGCUGCAUGUCAGUGUGCCAACCGCAGUGCGCCCCAGCCCGCGGCCAGAGGGAAUGCACCCAGGACUGUGUGGAGGGCUGCCAGUGUGACCAGGGAUACGUCCUCAAUGGCAAGGGUUGCGUCCGGCCCCAGAACUGUGGCUGCUACAACGACGGCAAGUACUAUGAGCCCAAACAGCUGUUCUGGAACAGUGAUUGCACCAAGCGCUGCCAGUGCAUCGGCCGUAAUCUCAUCCAGUGUGACCCGCGCCGCUGCAAGGCCGAGGAGGAGUGCGCCCUGCGCCAUGACGUGCGCGGCUGCUUCACCCAGCGCUCGCAGCAUUGCGUGGCGUCCGGUGGCGGUGUCUUCAGGACAUUUGACGGGGCUUCCCUCCGCCUGCCUGCCUCCUGCUCCUUCGUGCUGUCCACCAACUGCCACAAGCUACCUGACCUCUCCUUUCAGCUCAUCGCAAACUUCGACAAGUGGAGCACACCCAACCUCACCACCAUCUCCCAUGCAUACCUCUAUAUUAACGAGGAGAAUAUCCUGAUCUCUGGGAGCACCGUGAAGGUGAACGGCACUCCUGUGUCGGUGCCUUUUGUCACGGGCCUGAUGACGCGCAUCUCCACAUCGGAGGGCUUCCUGGUCAUCGACACGCCCCAGGACAUCCAGGUGCGCUACAACCGCUUCAACACGCUCAGCAUCACUAUGGGCCAGCGGUUGCAAAACAAGGUGUGCGGCCUUUGCGGCAACUUCAAUGGAGACCCUACUGACGACUACAUCACCUCUCCUGGGAAGCCGGCCAACAGCGCCCUGGAGCUGGCCCAGAGCUGGAAGACCAAUGGCAUGCAGAACAGCUGUGAUGAGACCCAGUACAUGGCGCUGGCCCAGUCGUGUGAGAACACAGCUGUACUGGGCCUCCAGGGCGAGGAGGGGUGCCAGAAGCUCACCCAGAUGAAGGGCUUCUUCCAGCCCUGCCACGGCCUGCUGGACCCCAGGCCCUUCUACCAGUCCUGCUACCUGGACGGUUGCUACAACCACCACAAGGCCCAGGUGUGCGGCUCGCUGGCUGCCUACGCCGAGGCCUGCCGCUCCCUAGGCACGCUCACCACCAAGUGGAUUGCCCAGGAGAAUUGUUCAGAAUGGAUCUACGACCCUUGUGCAGGAGAGAUCUGCACCAACAACACGUGUGAGCAGGAGAACGGGGGAGACCUGUGUGGCUGCCCUGAGCUGCCUAACAACGCUGGUGGCGAGGAUGACAUAAUCCAGGCGGAGGUGACAUGUAAACACGCCCAGAUGGAGGUGUCCAUCUCCAAGUGUAAGCUCUUCCAGCUGGGCUUCGAGCGUGAGGACGUGAGGAUCAACGACCAGUACUGCCCCGGCAUUGAGGGAGAGGACUUCAUCUCCUUUCACAUCAACAACACCAAGGGCCAUUGCGGCUCCAUUGUACAGUCCAACGGCACACACAUCAUGUACAAAAACACGGUGUGGAUCGAGAGUGUGAACAACACAGGCAACAUCAUCACCAGGGACAAGACAAUCAACGUGGAGUUUACCUGCGCCUACGAGCUAGACAUCAAGAUAUCCUUGGAGACCGUGCUCAAGCCCAUGCUCAGUGUUAUCAACCUCACCCUCCCCACCCAGGAAGGCAACUUCAUCACUAAGAUGGCGCUGUACAAGAACUCCUCGUACCGCCAGCCAUACCGCGAGGGUGAGGUGGUGCUGAGCACACGGGACGUCAUCUUCGUGGGGGUGUUUGUGGAGGGGGCCGACAAGGACCAGCUCAUCCUCAUCGUAAAUAUGUGCUGGGCCACGCCGUCCCGCUAUAGCAACGACCACCUCCGCUACGUCCUCAUAGAGAGAGGUUGUCCCAACAUCAAGGACAAUACCAUCGGCAUGGCUGAGAACGGGGUGUCCCUCACCUGUCGCUUCCACGUCACCGUCUUCAAGUUCAUCGGGGACUACAGUGAGGUCCACCUCCACUGUGACGUGUCACUGUGUGACCACGAGACCAAUGCCUGCAAAGUGAACUGUCCCUACAACAGGAGAAUGUACUCUGACUACAGCGAUCACAAGGAGCAGAUCCUCACUGUAGGACCCAUCAGAAGGCGAGAGUCGGACUGGUGUGAGGUGGGUAACGGAGGCUGUGAGCAGAUCUGCACCAGUAAAGGAAUGGGAGCUCUGUGUAGCUGUGUGACUGGUAUGCUGCAGAGCGACGGAAAGAGCUGUCGAGGUAGACACACAUCAUCCUCUCUAUAGAGUGCUAGUAAAUAAUAUGGGUCAUUCUACGAAUACUGCCUUUAAGGUAGUGUAAUUUUGUUAAAAAUACAUUUUUCACCUAAUUGUACCAUUCUGUCAACAAGAGCAACUUCAUAACAAACAUGUUUCCCAUCUCAAUAGGUUCAAUGAAGAAAAAUUCCUUUAACAGUAACCAGGGUUGCAAAAUUCCGUUAACUUUCCCAAAAUUCCCAGGUUUUACAGAAAUCCCGGUUGGAAGAUUAUCGGAAUCAGAAGGGAAUAAGCAAGAAAAAUGUAAUCCUCAAAUCAGGAUUUCUGCAUAAUAUGGGAAUUUGGCAAAGAAAAAAGGAAGUACAAUGUACGAGAGAUUGGGUCAAUUCCAUUCCAAUAGACUGAAUUGAAAAUGCAUUGAUCCCACGCACAUAUUCUGUCUUAAUUUUGAAGGUACUUACAGUGCCUUCAGAAAGUA